AAAGGACGGGGAUUUUUGGCGCACGUGGUGACACGCUCUGGAGCACGAGGAGAAGCGCGACCCAGAGAGAAAGUGUGUGGGAAAGCAGUUUUUAACCAAAUCCGGUUCCGACGGGCCUUGGUCAAGAAACAGGCUAGCAAAAAGAACAAGGAGAUGGAACAGACUCAAGAAUUUAUUGUGGAGAAGAUCCUUGAUCAGCGUGUUGUCGAUGGAAAAGUGGAGUACCUACUAAAAUGGAAAGGCUUUUCAGAUGCAGACAACACCUGGGAGCCAGAAGAGAACCUUAAUUGUCCUGAACUGAUUGAAGCAUUCUUGGCCUCUCAAAAGUGUGUUGUGGAGAGACCAGACUCUUGCAAGAGAAGGCAGUCUACAGACCAAAUGGAGUCAGAAGAGAGUAAAGUCAAGAACGUGACUAAAAGGCCUCAUGGAUUUGCUCGCAGCCUGGAACCCGAGCGCAUCAUUGGGGCCACAGACAGCAGUGGAGAGCUCAUGUUUCUCAUGAAAUGGAAGGACUCUAAUGAAGCAGACAUGGUACCUGCGAAAGAAGCCAACAUGCGCUGUCCGCAGGUCGUGAUCGCCUUCUAUGAAGAGCGUCUCAGCUGGAACUCCUGUUCUGAGGAUGAGCACUGCUAGUUUCUCACCUCCAUCUGUGACCCAUCUUGUUUUCGUACUCUUAAUUUUUGUUCUGGUAUGUGGUUGGGAGUUGUGCCUACAGGAUAAGGAGGGCUGUGAAUGCAGGGCAGUGGGGAGCUAAUGAAUUCCUCUUCAGUGUGGGAGUAAUGAAGUUGUUGUAGACCAUAUUUUAUCCCAGCAGUUUUGUCCUAAUGCAGCUCUCAGGAGCUCCAGGCCUGAAUUGUUGACAAAUCUGGGCUACAAUGAAGUUGAGUUGUUUUUGGUUAAUCAACUUACCUUAUAUCACUUCAAGCAUAACUCUGGUGGUCUUUCCAGCUACGUUAGAUCUCAUUCAGAAUGUUAUUUUAUUUUUUAUCCUUGUAAAAGCUUAAGCUUUUCUUUUGAAGAAUUGUUUUUGUAAUGAUUUUCUAAAGUUUUGUAAGCAGC